UAAGCCAAAAAAAGCAGUUACUCAAGAUGACAACUUUCAUGUUCAUCCUCCAGGUCAAGUACCUCCUGAGCAAGACCCGUGCCGGCAUCAUCCUGGCUCUGGUGUGGGUGGUUUCUGUCGGCGUGGCCACGCCCAUGCUCUUCGUCCACAAGGCGGAGGAGAUUCACGACUUCCUGUACGAGCAGCGCUUCGUGACCUGUCAGGAAAAAUGGUGGGGGCAAACUCAGCAGACAUCCUACACCAUCUUCAACCUCGUGGUUCUGUUCAUCAUCCCGCUGCUCACCAUGACCAGCCUGUACAUCCGCAUCGCUCACCGCCUGUGGGUGCAGCAGCCAGUCGGUGUGACCGGGAACUUCGCGCACGGCAACUCCGUUCGCCGCAAGCGUCAGGCCGUCAAGAUGCUGGUGGUUGUCGUGUUGCUGUUCGCCGUUUGCUGGUUGCCCUACCACACCGUCACGGUGAGGAACGAGUUGACUGGACUUCGACUUGAGGAGAAAUCUGCCAAGCUACUGAUCGCCAUUGUGCAGCUCAUUGCUUUCAGCAACAGCUUCAACAACCCCGUAGUGUACGCCAUCCUCAACGAGAACUUCAAGAAGAACUUCAUGACGAUGCUGCGAUGUCGGGUGAACAGAGUUUCUCCACAGCAAGUCACUCCCAACACCCUGCAGACUCCCUUGGAACAGUCCACACGCAGCUGUAGACUGCCAGCGGGACCUCCGAACCAGCAGAUCUAGGGUUGGGUACCGGUUAGGGUUGGGUACC